AUGUCGGCCAACGCGAGCGCACCAGUACCUUCAAGCCAAAAUAUUGAAGUCGAUAUCGAUCCUAUUUGGACGUCCAGUCGCACUGCUAGACAGAUCUACGCGCUAGGCGAAGUCGAAAAGGACAUCAGCCGUCUGCUCUCACUGGCUGCAUCCUCCAUCUCAUUGCUGACCCUACCUCAGACGGAUGGGCCCGAUGAUGGACUGCCUCAAGGCGGGGAGAGGUCCGAACAAUUCGUGCUCGAAGCGAGCGAGUACUUCGAGAGGCUAGACGCUAUCCACAUCACGAUCCGUUCCUCCCUCGCUCACAUCCGACAAUCGCGAAUUGCCCCCUCAGCCAUCAACGCUCCUCCGCCAGGCUUCGUGCCUCCUUCUCUCGGAGUGGGUCUUCCGUCUGCAGACGAAGAGUACAGCAAGGGAACCCGGGGCUUACAAGAGGAGAGAGUCGAGAGAGAUGCAUGGAAGGGGAUCAUGGAUGCCCUGAAGCGUUUGAAGGAAGCCCGAGAACAAGAGAACGCAGAUGCCAGUAUGGCGGAAGAGUGA